AUGCAAGCUAUUAGUAAAUCACUGGAGAAAGUAAUUCAAGAAUUGUCUGCAUCAGAAAACGACGGGCCCGUGUCAGAAUACUUCUGCCACAUUCUGAAAGAAUUUCUUAGUCACGCCGAAGCUGAAGUGAGGGCUUUGGCUCAGCUUUAUGCCAAUGUGGGUAGAAAUGCAUAUGCGUUGGCGCUAUACUUCAGAGAAGAUUCGGCAUGUUGCCCGUUCGAACAAGUUGUAUCUACACUGCUCAACUUUGUGAGGAUGUUCAUACGAGCACAUGACAAAAAUUGCAAACAGGUUGAAUAUGAAAAGAAGAAAGCAGAUAAGGAAGCUGCGGAAAAUGAGAAAUUGAAGCUAGUUGCGAGAAACGAGCCUAAACCUAUGAUGAGGACCACCAUCAAGAGCGGUGAUGGUAAAUAA